AGCUGCCGGCGGAAGUGAAACCUAUCGUUUUGCUUAUAAAUACGCAGCAUCGCCACAAGAUAUUUUAUAACUGAGAAAUUCUGUUCGUCGUAGGCAGUCUUUAAUGUCAGAUUUUUGCAUAGAGCUAAUGUGUCUUUGAAUGCACCAUGAAGCCGCAGCUGAAUGGGGCUGAUGGACGGCCGUCUGCGAAUAAACCUGCCGGGGCUGAGGCUGCGCUGUCUUUGCAAGAGGAGCUUGUUGCAGCGAUACAUGGAGCAUUUGAAGUGGCUGUGCAGAUUGCAGUUCGAGAGGUGAGAAAACUGGUGGGACAGACAGCAGGAGACUUCUAUGAAGAGAUGCGACGAGAGAACGAGUCCCUCAAACAAAGACUUCAGAGAGCUGAAGCUAUGUUGGACUCUGCGUGCAUGAAGGAGAGAGCUGGAAGCCCUCAUCCUAGAAAACAACUCUUCAAUGCCACAAAUCAUACCGAUCAACCGCCUCAUCCUAAAUACAAUCCAGUAAGCCCCAAUCCCAAAGUGGGCAAUGUGCAAGGCUGUAGAGGAAUCAGAGGUGACUCACCACCUGCCAGCCACAGCUGUGCACGGCAGCCUGCUGACCCCCAAGAUAAACAUGUGAGCAGAAAUGAAGAGCAGAGAUCAGGGGAUGAUGUUAAGACACAGCAUGUCAGUGAUGCUGCUUCAGACCCAGAGGAAGAGUGGAAUAAUGGAUGUCCUAAAACAGUCACUAAAGAGGAUUCAUGUUUGUGUGCGGUGAAGGUAGAAAUCACUAACCAACAAUGUCAGGACUCGAAAGCUCCGGACCAACACUUGGCACCACUCCCCAGUACUGAUGACAAGUCCACAUUAGAGACGGUUACAGUAAAGCAAGAGAAGCCAGUGGAAGAGGAGGAGAGAGAUGGUUCAGUUUGCUGUUUGGACUCGAUCAAAGUGGAGGAUUUUAGCUUGGAUUGUAUGUCAGCUGUCCAGUCCAAAAUGUUGGAGGGGUGGGAACCAGAAGUAUCGAAUGCUCAGAGCCAAGACCCAAACACCCCGCUGUCGUGCACCAGCCUGGCUCAGGGCUUUCCACCAACCAUAGAUCUACCAACCCUCUCCUCUGAGUUCCCCAUCUUCCAGCUGGCAGAGCCAACUCCCAUCCUAGAGGCCCCCCCACAGGUUUAUGGAGUCCAUGUGCGGACCAGCUGCAACCUCGGCCACACCGUAGCCAACCACUAUGCCUGCAAGUCCUGCGAUCAGACCUUCCACCUGCCCAGCUUGCUGCGGCGGCACUACGGCCAGUGCCCGCAGAAGCUCCAGCAGCGUUGUCAGCAGCCUGUAGCAGGAAGCAAGAGAACCAGACUGCAGCUCUACCCACCGGGCUGUAGCCCCUUCCGCUGCACGGAGUGCAACCGAGAGUUCAACCGCAUGGAGAACCUCAAAACCCACCUUCGCAUACACACGGGAGAAAGACCGUACACCUGCUCAGUGUGCUCCAAGUGUUUCCGUCACUCCGGCGCAUUAACCAGGCACUUCCGUAUCCACACUGGAGAGAAGCCUUACGUCUGUGGGCAGUGUGGGAAGUCGUUCAGAAACUGCGGGGGGCUUAAAUUCCACCAACGUUCACACAGCAAGCAGCUACAGUAAAGUGGGACUCAAAAGUUCAAAGGUUUUCAGGACCAAAAUUUUUUGACGCAAGAUAUAAACAGCCGAUUUUAUGAAAUUUUAAAUAUGUUUAAAUUUUAUCUUUCAAUAUUUAAAUUAUUCAUUUUUGCAGGGUUUUAGAGACACCGAAUCCUGAAGCUGUCUAAAAUUGUCUGGGCAGGCAUGAUAUAUCCCUUAUGUACACCUAAUAGCCUUUAAGGACCUUGAGAAUUGUGCUUUUUAAAUGCUAUAAACAGAAAAAAAUUAUAAAAAGCAUUUUAUUGUCCAGUAUAAAAAUGAGCGAAGUGCAAACAGAGAGAUCACACCUACUGAUAGAUCACCAUCCCUUUACAGGGUCUGUCCUGUCUGUACUGUUAUCACUUUUUUCUGCCAAGUCUUCCCUUUGAGUUUGAAAGGAUUGUUUUUAAGCGCUCUCAACCAGAAAGCAGCAAUACAGCAAGUUGUUGGAACGGUCAGGUGCAUCAUACUGAAAUGGUCCAUGUCAAACUCUAAACUAUUAUGGUAAUGAAACAAAUUUGAUUAGUUUUGUUUCAGGGCUGACAUUUGGUAAAUGUGUCCUUUCUUUGGUAGAAAAGGACCAAGUAGAAAGACGAAGAAUAAAUACUGUUGCUAUGUGAUCACUAAGUCAUCUAUUUAGAUGCAUACUGUCCAUGAAUAUGAUGAGUCAGUAGUAGUUAUUCAAAUAAGAUGUGUGGAAGCUUUCAGUGUAAUUCUAAGUGCCAGUUUUUCAUAUUGUAUGAUUUUUAUUUAAGAAAAAAUCACUGGCUAAGUCAGUUUCUUAAAUCAUGGCAAGCUUGUUUUUCUAAUAUUUUGUGUACUUCAUUUAUCCAAAUAUGCAUCUUAUUUUGAAUACACUGUAUGGAAAAUAGUGUGUCCGGAAUAAUAAACGUAUGGAAAUUGCU